CGGGCGGUUCGGCCCGGUUAAAAGAGGGAGGGGGACAACCGCUGACCUGUCCCUGCCCGGCGAGGGGAAGCCCAACAGCUGGGGAAGGGUUGGAGAAGGACGGAACAGGGCCUGGUCCCGGCACGGGAGCCUCCCCACGCCCUCAUCCCCCUUUGUUGUGGUGGGACGCGGCCGGCACUGAGGGCGGGCUCGGAAAGGAACCUAAUUUGUUGCUUGCCGAGUGUUGUGUCUGGUGGAAGUCAUGUCAGCCAUACUGCCAUUCACUCCACCAGUUGUGAAGAGACUCCUGGGGUGGAAAAAAUCUGCUGGUGGCUCUGGAGGGGCUGGUGGUGGUGAGCAGAAUGGGCAGGAGGAAAAGUGGUGUGAGAAAGCAGUGAAAAGCUUGGUCAAGAAGCUAAAGAAAACCGGACAGCUGGAUGAGCUGGAGAAGGCCAUAACCACUCAGAACUGCAAUACAAAAUGUGUGACUAUACCAAGCACUUGCUCUGAAAUUUGGGGACUGAGUACACCAAACACGAUAGAUCAGUGGGAUACCACAGGCCUUUACAGCUUCUCUGAACAAACCAGAUCUCUUGAUGGCCGCCUGCAGGUCUCUCACCGUAAAGGAUUACCCCACGUUAUUUACUGCCGCUUGUGGCGCUGGCCAGACCUUCACAGUCACCAUGAACUUAAAGCCAUUGAAAACUGUGAAUAUGCUUUUAAUCUUAAAAAGGAUGAAGUAUGUGUAAACCCUUACCACUACCAGAGAGUGGAGACACCAGUGUUGCCUCCAGUCCUCGUGCCGCGGCACACCGAGAUCCUCACGGAGCUUCCGCCUCUCGACGACUAUACCCAUUCCAUUCCUGAAAACACUAACUUUCCAGCUGGAAUUGAACCACAGAGCAAUUACAUACCAGAAACACCACCUCCAGGAUACAUCAGUGAAGAUGGAGAAACGAGUGACCAGCAGUUGAACCAAAGCAUGGAUACAGGAUCUCCAGCAGAGCUGUCUCCUAGUACUCUUUCCCCAGUCAAUCAUAGCCUGGACCUGCAACCGGUUACUUAUUCAGAGCCUGCAUUUUGGUGUUCAAUAGCAUAUUAUGAACUGAACCAGAGAGUGGGAGAAACCUUCCAUGCCUCCCAGCCUUCCCUGACUGUAGAUGGCUUUACAGAUCCAUCAAAUUCAGAACGGUUUUGUUUAGGUCUGCUUUCCAAUGUAAACAGAAAUGCUACAGUGGAAAUGACCAGGAGACACAUAGGUAGGGGAGUACGUCUCUACUACAUUGGGGGAGAAGUUUUUGCUGAGUGCCUAAGCGAUAGCGCGAUCUUUGUGCAGAGCCCCAACUGUAAUCAAAGAUAUGGUUGGCAUCCUGCAACUGUCUGCAAAAUUCCACCAGGAUGCAAUCUAAAAAUCUUUAAUAACCAAGAAUUUGCUGCUCUUCUGGCUCAAUCUGUGAAUCAGGGUUUUGAAGCAGUUUAUCAGCUUACUAGAAUGUGCACCAUAAGAAUGAGUUUUGUUAAAGGUUGGGGAGCUGAAUACAGGAGGCAAACAGUAACAAGCACUCCUUGCUGGAUUGAACUUCAUCUGAAUGGACCUCUGCAGUGGCUGGACAAAGUAUUGACUCAGAUGGGCUCCCCUUCAGUACGCUGCUCCAGCAUGUCCUAAAACUCCUCCUUCCCUCACCACUGGGCUGAAAAUCAAGUCCAAUCAACAGACUUAAUAUAACAGCUCGUCUGUCGUAGUAUUUGUGUGUGGUCCCCAUGAACUGUUUACUAUCCAAAAGAAAAAAAAAAAUUAAAAAAAAAAAAAAAAUUAAAAAAAAAAAGUUUUUAGAAAAAAAAAAAAAAGAAAAAAGGAAAAAAAAAAAAAAAAAAAACCACUUGAGGUCUCAUCAAUUAAAGCACCUUGUGGAUUCUGUUUCCUAUACUCUUGAUACUAGAUGAAAAUUUAGUGUAUAGAAAUGCCUUCUUCAGAAAGAAGGGAAAAUUCUAAAGACUCUUAAUGGUGUUUUUAUUGGGUAUAUAAAUGAGUGUCCUAAUGGUUUAUCAAUAACAUGAAUAGCUAAGUAUAUGUACAAGUAAUGUAUCAUGAUCUCAAAUAUCACAGUAUUGUGCUGUUCUACAUUUUAGUUCCCAUAAAUAGUUGUUUGGGUUUUUUUUUUGAUUGGGGCAAAUCUCUCAUAAAAUUCCAAGACUCUUCUCCUUUAUUCUUUUAUAUUUUUUUUUAUAUAAGCUGGUUUUUUUGAGUUGUCCUAAGCAUAAAAAGCAGACUUAGCUUGUAGAAAAGCUUAAUUUUUUUGCUGCCUUCUUAAAGAAAAAAAAAUAAAUCCCUCCAUUGGAAGGGAAAGAAAUGUCUUGAGAUGCAUCUGUGAUAUCUUUAGACGCUUUAUAUGCUUAAUGGGGCCUAAAAUGAAUUCAUAUUAUAAAUUCUGAGUAUCCAUCACACUAUGAGUCUACUUUUCCCUACCCAUCCACACUGGUGCUUCUGUUUCCAGCAGUGAUGCUGGCACUGGUGUAACUGGGACUGUUUUGUACCCUGAAUCAUUUAAAUCAGUGUUUUUUUUUUCUUAUGAAUUGAGAAUUUACCAUAGCAUUAUAUACUGGAUUAAGUACACGAGGUUAUUGGCUCACCCCUUACAUCUGUAAUUUCCUUUAAUUUUUUUUCCAUGAAACAGAUGGUACUAAAAAUGAUAGGUUGGGUUUCUUGGGGUUUUUUUUUUUUUUGGAGCCAAACACCUUGAAAUUCUUUCCCAGGUAGACUUCUUCGUCUAGUUUUGAAAUAGAUGCAGCUUCUUAACAUAUUUCAGGAUCAAAAUUUAAAUUUCUGAUCCGAGUGGCUUUCUUACAGCUUCCUUCCAUACCAGAUCAUCAGCAUUCAUUAUGUCAUUAAAAAAAGGGCCUUGUUAUUAAAAGUAGUUGCUUCUGCAAAACCUCUAGGGUAGUGGUUGCUGAGGUAUGACCAGCAAAGAGGGGGGGGGGGAGACACACUUCUGAGUUCUUCAUGACAGUGCAUGUUAUUGUGAACCCUUGGACACUACAGCUGCACCAUAUAAAACAAACUAAACAAACAAAAAUUAUCCUGAAAUAUAUUCUACAAAUAAGCCUGGGGUUGGGGAAGGGUUGGGAAACUGUAUAGAAGGGUUAUUCUGACUUGGAAAAAAAAAAAAAAAAAAAAAAAAAAAAGAGAGAAAAAAAGAAAAAAACAAACCAACAUCUUACUAACAAUCUUGUGAUCUAGCUGUCUGUCAUUCUUUUGUUCUUGUGGCAGUAGCAGGAUUGCCUUUGUCUGUUUUUCCUGUUGUCUCAUCCAUUACACUAGCACUGUGCUUUGUAAGUGCAGCUCUAGUGAUAACUUAGCUUUGAGAACAAAACGAGAAAUAAAAACGUGGCCAGUGUUACAGCUUUUUAAUCAGUUGACUGAAAUCGGUGAUAGCAAUGGAUAUUUUUUUUGUGCCGUAACGACUUGGGCAUAGAAGCAAUACCAAAAAUCAAGCCUUGACAAAGCGGGCCAGACACCUUUAUAAAAACCAUUCAGAAAUUGGCAAAGCAGUUACCAGUUUGUGCUAGUUUUACCAGUAGACUAAUGUAUUGGUAGAACUUGUGAACCUAAGAAAUAAGCUUCAUGCGUGUUGCGUUUGCCUAAUAUGUGAAUACACUAAUAAAAGUUUUAAUUCUCA